AUGGCUGACUUUGGAUUGACGUACAACUAUCAAGAUGAAGGCUACAGUCAAUGGGCGAAAAACAGUGACUUGGAAAGUCUACCAGAUGUUGGAAACCAGGGGUUAGACUACAAUACCGGUACCGGCAACUGGAACACCACUGCUCAAAUUGGGCAGCACUACGUGCAGGCUCCCGUCAACACAGUUCCCAUCAAUGGCGGCUACCAGUACCAACAGAACCCGGGUUACAACGUCAUGUACCAACAGAACCCGGGUUACCAGCAGUACCAACAAGAUGCUGGGUACCAGUACCAACAAGAGGUAGGUCAUCAGUUCCAACAAGGUUACCAGCACCACCAGGAAGCGGGUUAUCAGCAACAACAGGAAGCGGGUUAUCAGCAACAACAGGACGUGGGUUACCAACACAACCAACAGGAGCCGGGGAAUCAGUACCAACAGCAACAGGGUGCGGGUGUCCAGUACCAACAGGAAGCGGGGUGCGAACAGGAGGCGGGUGUCCAACACCAAGAAGAUCCGGCGGAAGUAUUUUUCGACAUUGACCAAAGUGCUCGCAGCGCCUCGAGUGACAUUACAGAAUCGGAGUUUGGCGGGUUCGGAGGUGAAGGAGCCGAUCAAGGAGAUGACGAAGAAGAUGCCAUUAUUGGAGCGAUGCUGAAAGACCGAGCGUCACACGAAGACGAGGCCAAGCAGAAGCGAGUGAACAAUCGAGACGCGUCUGGAUCAGGAACAACUGAGGACAACAAGGAUCAAGACAUGGAAGAUGAAAGUGACCGCAAUGACAGAGGUGAUCCCCUUGCCGCUGCUGUUCGGAGAGAGAGGAGGAAGAGCGGAGUAGGAAUGCCUUUCAUGCGUACUGUUACCAACAGUUCUCGAGACCAGAGUGUGAAAACAAGUCGAAGCGGCAAUGACAAAGGUGAUCCCCUUGCUGUUGCUGUUCGGAGGGAGAGGAGGAAGAGCGGAGUAGGAAUGCCUUUCAUGCGUACUGGUACCAACAGUUCUCGAGACCAGAGUGUGAAAACAAGUGUAAAGGGACUGCCCUUGAUGCGUACUGGUACCAACAGUUCUCGGGACCGGAGUGUGAAACCGAUUGGAAGCUUGGAUGACGGAGGUGGAGCCAUUGCUGCUGCUGUUCGCAGGGAGAGGAGGAAAAGUGGAGUGGUACCUCCUUUGAUGCGUACUGGUACCAACAGUUCGCAAGAUCGGAGUGUAAAACCAAUUGGAGAUGAUGACGAUGAAGCUCGAGAGGCUCCAAAGGUCACUCGGAGACAAAGCUUUCGGCAACUGAUCAUCAAUACUCAACCUGAUACAGAAUCAAAAGAAGAUAGUCCUGACAAUGCUCCUCGAGUGAAGCGAAGCCAAAGCUGCAAGAGUCUGUUAAAGAGUAAAGAUGAAUCUGUACCACUCAAGAGAAGAGGCAGCUCCAGGAAUCCCAUGAGGGCAGCGAAUGCUGGAGAAGACCCUCUACUAAUCAAAAGAAGAGGCAGCUCCAGGAACCACAUGAAAGCAGCGAAUGCUGGAGAAGACCCUUUACCAAUCAAAAGAAGAAGUAGCUCCAGGAACCGCAUGAAAGCAGCGAAUGCUGAAGAAGACCCUUUGCCAAUCAAGAGAAGAGGUAGCUCUAGACACCUAAAGAAGGCCAGCAGCGGGAGGUCCCUUUGCACCACUGGCAGUGAAGAUGGAGCACCACCUACGAAAAGGACAAGCACCGAUGUCACCCGCCGACCCAGGAGAAAAGGAAAAUCUCCUAUGAACAGCGGCAGCACCAGGGGUCUCAGGACUAGAGAGGGUGUCACCCGAGAGCCUCCUGCGCGGGCAUGUAGCUCGAGAGAACCUCGGCCCAUCGAAGAAGCCGAAAGUCUUCGCAAAAUUGCCCAGCUCAAAAAGAGACAUGCGGUAUCAGACCCGGCUCUCACGAAGGAGGAAGAUAAGAGCGUCCGGCGCAGUCUAUCCUCUGCUUCGACACAAGAUGAAGAACGUGGAGGUGACAAGAAAGGUGGCCCUAAUGCCAAGUGGGAGGCCAAGGGCGAGAAGAAGCACAUUUCUCAUAGAAAGUCCAUCUCGGGAAACCUAGUAGGAAUGCUGGGAUCGUUUGGCGCCUCUCUCAAGGGCAAGAAGAAAAACAAGUCAAAGGAGGAGCCCGAGGAGGAGCCAGAAGAGGAAUCUAAGCGGGAUUUCGAGGAGUCUGAGAAAGAAGCUGCCACGGCAACACUGAAGCCUAGCGGAUCUUGCACAUCUAUCGCCAGUUUAGCUUCUCAGAGCACUCGCCGGUCCAAGCCAAGGGUUCGCCGUUCAAGCAGCAGGAAGCCAGGGCGAAAGGAUCGUCCCUCAAGGCGAGAUAGUGGCCGAAGCCUUCAUUCCGAAAGGACGGGAAACUUUUCUUCGAAAUCAAGGGCGCAAAACGGCUCUGACCAAGCCCCUCGCAAGGAAGAGCGAACGAUUAGCACGCAAGAAAGAGAGGAAGAGACCGAGGCAACCAAGGCUAGUGAUGGUACAACUUCGUUGAUCCCUAUGCAAAUCUCAGUGUCUUCUUUGCUUGACGAAUCAUCUGCAGCGGACGUCGUCUCGCUUCAACAAUCGACUAUCAGUGGCUUAGACGAGGGAACCAUUGUCCUCACACCCGAAGAGAUGAAACAUUGGCGAUGCACCUGUGGUGAGGUCAAUGAAAAGCUGUACAAGUUUUGUGGAAUGUGUCGUGAAGCCCAGAAAUGGACAUGUGCUAUGUGUAGGUUUGAGCACAAUAAGUGUCGUUUCCAAUACUGUGGAGAAUGUGCAAGUCCCAAGAUGGUUCUGAAGGUAGACAGAUCAAGAAUUUUGCCACAAGACAGUGACGACCUUGGUGUCUCCCAAUGCGCUGCGGCGUCGUAAACUGCACAUGAUUAAUUAUUACGAAAGAAUGUACCAAUUAAGAUUUCAAAUGUAUCGCAACAGUGAAUGGUGUCCUCAUGAUAGUCGCCGUGUCGAAGCGACACGGACAAUGCACUAUCUUGCUAGCCAACAAAUAUCUUUGUGGAAGUGCUUUCGGAUAGAUAGAUACCCAGCAUUUGCCGAUAACCAGCCAAGGGUUUGCCAACGCAACAGGCAGCCACCGUGAGCUAGCUAGUCCUCUGUGGCUGGAAACCCAACUGCAUGCAUGAUGCUUGGAGCACAUUAUUCAGACCAAUGAUCAGGAGUCCGGACGGUACUUUGGCAUUCAGCCAGCCACAACUCAACCACUCAAGCCUGUUUGGAUACCCCCCCGUCAACCCGAUGCCCGAUUUGGUUGGAGCCAAUGUAUGUAUGUAGUGUGAAGCAAACAGUUUUCUGGCUCUGUUGAGAGCCCAUGUCUCCCAGCAUGAUGGUAGACAUAUGGCUAUGAGACCCAGCUUGAUGGUCUAGAAUACACGGUAAUGGAAUCACCAUCACCGUUAGUUGUGGUAGGAAGACCACUACACGUCUUGUAGGCUCUCCCCUUCCCAGUGGCAGCCAGGUCUUCAAACCCACUUUUCUGCAGCAAAGCCAAGUUGAUCUACCAGCUAGACUGGAAAGGGAGUUCCAGUCAAAUUUUGAGAGAGGGGAAGAUGUCUGCACCAAAGGUUUGCUGGUCAGUAGAUGCCCCCCUUGGCAGGCCAAUGUGUCCAUCUGAGCUGCGUCCUGUGUCCUGUGGUGGCAUCUGGACUGGUUGACAUCUCCAGUGAUGUACUCCAGUUCUCCAAGCUGUAAACGUGUUAGCUUACCUAUGCGAGAGUACCCAACGGUGUAGUGCGGUUCAUCACAGGUUCCUGUAUUCAAAGAGCUAGUGAAUCGGUGGUUGGGUGCCAUAGGCACAUCAGACCUAAUGAGUUGUAAAGAGAGCUAUAUGGAAC